CUUGAAUGGCUGAUGGUAGUGUGUGUUUAGUGAAGGUCGGGGGAGGAUGUGGUCCAGGUGUUCCACUAAACCUGUCGCCUAUAAGGCUUCUAAAAUAUUCUUGAAAUUUAUUGUGAUACCUGUGGCUAAUUAUACCAGUAAUUAUAGAUUGGCUGAAGUUGGUAAAUUUGAGCCUCCAAAGUUGACUGGAAAAUAUGAGACAGGACAGCUAUUUCUACACAGAGUUUUUGGCUACCGAGGGGUGGUUCUCUUUCCCUGGCUAGCCCGAGUUUAUGACAGAGAUGUUCCUAACAAGAAGGAAUCAAAACCCAUAGAAGAAAGCAUGAACUAUAACCAAGUUGGAAAGGAAGUGAAAGGAAGAGCUCACACUUACUAUCAAGUACUUAUUGACUCGAGAGAUUGUCCUUACAUUAGAGCCCAAACUGAAGCUGUUACAUUCUUGGGUAAUCAAGAUAAUGGCAGAACACUGUAUGCCGUGCCAGGAUUAGACUACAUUGGACAUGAAGAUGUAAUGCCAUAUGUUGCAGUAAGUAAGAGACCUAUCAGACAUGAUUUGUUUGAUAAGUUUCUUAUAUAUGCUGCUGAGAAAGAUCCUCCAUUUUGUGCUCGUGAAACACUGAUGGCAUGGCAGGAGCGUAACCACCCAUGGCUGGAGCUCUCAGAUGUGCACAAGGAAACUACAGAGAAUAUUAGAGUCACUGUUAUACCCUUUUAUAUGGGGUGUAGAGAAUCACAGAAUGCUAAUGUUUAUUGGUGGAGGUAUUGCAUUCGUUUAGAAAACCUAGGAGACUUAACAGUACAGCUGAGAGAGAGACAUUGGCGCAUAUUCAGUUUGUCUGGGACUUUAGAAACAGUACGUGGUCGAGGUGUUGUGGGACAGGAGCCAGUACUCUCCAGUCAGCAACCAGCCUUCCAGUAUUCAUCUCAUGUUUCCCUACAGGCACCUUCUGGACACAUGUGGGGCACCUUCCGAAUGGAGAGAGAAGAUGGUUUUACUUUUGACUGUCGAAUUCCUCCAUUUUCCUUGGAAAGUAAACAGGAUGACACCUCACAACCCAGUGGUAUAAUAUAAGAUGUUAUGAUAUAUAACAGUCAAUCCUAAGAACUAUUAAACUUUCUUAAUACAUUUCUUAGGUGCAAAAGAAAAUUAUAUUGAAAUCUUUAUUUAUUUGUGGGGCAGUGGGCCUCCAGCAGCAACAGCCUGGUUGACAAGGCAAGCACCAGACUAGCUUGGCCCAUGGUCGGGCUCUGAGAGUAGUGAAACUCUUUAAACUCUUCAAACUAUAUUGUGCAGUUGCUUAUACUUAAUUAUGUAAGUUAGGCCUUCCUUGCCAGUGAAUUUGGUAUAUAUACAUAGUAUCGCAACUAAAUUAUCUGUACGAAUCUUGUUGAAUUGGAUGGAUAUUUGUCACUGUAGAGACCAGGAUAUUGUCUUUUGAAUAGAUUUAUUAUGCGGUUAAACUCAAUAAACUUUUAUGAAUAA